GUGGCCACACUUACUGCUGCUGAGUUUCACCUGAGAGCAGAGCGAGUCCUGAAUCACACUUCAUGUUCAGGUCUGUCAGAGCUACUCUCUUCUUUUCCGUUUGCUUUUCUUAGUGGUGAGUACUGGAGGGCGAAACAGCUCUGCUUGUUUCACUGCGACAUUCGCACUGAGUUGCGUUUAAACGGUAGAAGAAGAAGAAGAGCAGGAACUCGUCCGUUCCAAGGUGCACGUCAGGCUGGUGAUAAAGCACUGAAUGAGAGGUGGACGACGACCACACAGCAGAGCUUCACACUUUGAAGAAAUUAAAUUGGAGCUACUAGAGGACCAUCCACAGACAGCAGACAGUCGAAGAAACGACGUCUUCUGAGUAGUUUCUUCUCUCAGGGUUGCAAUGGAGCGUCUGUUCCUGAGGGUGGGGCUGAAGGGGGCUCUGCUGCUUCUGCUAGCAGUUCACCUGACAGAAGCGAUGAAGGUGACAUCCACAGGGCCACAGACCAUCCAAAAGGCGCUGGGGGAGACAGUCAACCUGGGGUGCACCUACACCCCGGACCCCCAAGACACAGGAGAGCUGGACAUUGAGUGGUCCGAGGUCAGCCCGGACAUGACGCAAAACGACCAGCUGAUCUUAUCCUACACAGGGGGAAAGAUGCACCAAUACGGCGACCCCAGCGUCUCCAGCAGGCUCAAGUUCACGGGGAACCCGACGCAGGGAGACGCCUCCAUCUCCCUCUCUGAUGCCAGGGUCUCAGACACGGGCACAUAUAAAUGUAAAGUCAAGAAGGCGCCUGGUGUCGACAUGAGAAAAGUCACUCUGGUGGUGAUGGUUCCCCCGUCGGUGCCAAAGUGUUGGGUGGAGGGCCCAGAGGAGAAAGGAGGCUCGGUCUCCCUGCGCUGCAAAUCCUCUCGGGGAUCCGGUCCUCUCAGCUACGGGUGGAGCAGGGAGACAGGAGGUGCAAUGCCGUCCACUGCCACCCAAGACUCACAGACUGGGGAGCUUUUGAUAAGCAACCACACAGACGCAAACGUUGGAAGUUACGUGUGUGAGGUGAAAAACGCUGUCGGCAAAGCACAGUGUAAAUACGCACUGCAUGCCUACAACCCUACCAACAAGGCGGGUGUCAUAGCUGGGGCGGUGAUAGGAGCUCUCCUCCUGCUGCUCCUCCUCCUGCUUCUCAUCUGGCUCCUGAUCUGCUGCUGCCGCAAGCGCCGUUAUGAGAAAGAGGUCGCAAAUGAAUUAAGGGAGGACGCCCAGGCCCCGGAGAGCAAACCCUCCAGCAGGAACUCCAGUUUCCGCUCAGUGGUGGGGUACCGCACCCACCACUCUCUGCACUACAGCUCUGUGAGGAACCACCUGCCCAGCGUCAGCGAAUCAGGCCACAGUCCCAUCUACACGGGAGGAAGUAACGGCACAUCGCAGCCCACCGCCGCUGCCCUCCAAUACGACCAUCAGUACGGAUACCCUGUGUAGUCUUUUUCAUUGUUCAUAAGAAACUCGGCCUUCUGAAGAAAAGACUUUUGUACAUAUUAAUCCAUGUAAAGCAUGUAUGAGACAAAUGGUGCGACGCAUUUUAUUUAACAGGACAAUAACGGGAGUGCUGGUGACAGACUCAGAGCUAAAACUGUAAACUGUAAAUAAGAUAAUCUUUUAAUGGUCCCACAGUGGGGAAAUUUGCAUUUGCAAAAUGUCAGAAAAUAUGUAUUUUCACUGGUGCUCUUUUCCUAUGAUGCGUAUGAAGCUCAAUCACAUUAUCACAUUUUUAAAACUUGUGUACAAUAAAACAUUUUUUAACUGAUA